GCAAAAAAGGAAUUUGCUCUUACACCACAAGAUAUUACACGAAGGUUGCAAAGAUUACACAUGUGACAAGUGCGAGAAGAAGUUUGGACAAAAAAGACAUUUGCUUUCCCACCUAAAGAUAGUCCAUGAAAACCGCAAAGAUUUUGCAUGCGAUAAAUGCGAAAAAAAAUUUGGACUCCGAGGCAAUUUGAGCAAACACCAAAAGACAGUACAUGAACGUCGAAAAGAUUACACAUGUGACAAGUGCGAGAAGAAUUUUGGACAAAAAAGAGAUUUGCUCGUCCAUCUAAAAAGAGUCCAUGAAAAUAGCAAAGAUUUUGCAUGCGAUAAAUGCGAAAAAAAAUUUGGACAAAAAUCAGAUUUGUUCAGGCACAAAAAGUCAGUACAUGAACGUCGAAAUGAUUAUGCAUGUGACAGGUGCGAAAAGAAAUUUGGAGAAAAAUCGACAUUGAUUCGACAUCGAAAAACAGUGCACGAAGGUUGCAGAAAUUUUGCAUGCGACAAAUGCGAGAAGAAAUUUGGAAGUAAAUAUAAUUUAGUAACCCACUUGCAGGCAGUACAUGAAAAUCGGAAAGAUUUUGCAUGCUGGAAUUGCGAGAAAAAAUUUGGACAUAAAUCAGAUUUGUUAAAGCACCUAAGGACAGUCCAUGAAGGUCGCAAAGAUUAUGCAUGUGACAGAUGCAAGCAAAAAUUUGGACUGAAAAUGUCAUUGAUCAGACACCAACAAGCAGUCCACGAAGGCCGAAAAGACUAUUCAUGCGACAAGUGUAAUAAGAAAUUUGGACAAAAGAUACAUUUGACCAGACACAAAAAAAACGUUCAUAAUACGUGUGGCACAAAUUUGUGAAGAAAUGAUG